GUCAAAAUGGCGGCGAGGGGAACCUGGAGCAGCCCUGGAGCCUGAACCACUGACAGGAGCGGAGAGGGCGGCGGCGGCGGCAGGAGGAGGAUGGCCGGGGGUGCUGGCGCUGGUACGGACGGCGGUGCUGGUGGCGGCGGCGGGAGCGAUGGCCGCGGUCCCAGCGGCGGCAGCAGCAGCAGCGGCGGGAGGAACCUCCGGGAAAUGGAUGAAAGGAGGCUGCUGGAUCCAGGGUUGAAAGUUCGUAAAGGCCUCUGGGAUUAUACUCUGAAGAACCAGCAGAUGGAAUGCCUGAGUGACUGAAGAAAAUGGGUGCUAAUGCAUCUAACUAUCCUCAUUCAUGUUCCCCGAGGGUAGGGGGAAAUUCUCAAGCCCAACAGACUUUUAUAGGGACAUCAUCCUAUUCUCAGCAAGGCUAUGGUUGUGAAUCAAAAUUAUAUAGCCUUGACCAUGGCCAUGAGAAACCACAAGACAAAAAAAAGAGAACCUCUGGCCUUGCCACCCUCAAAAAGAAGUUUAUUAAGCGUCGAAAAUCUAAUAGGUCUGCCGAUCACGCCAAGCAGAUGCGAGAACUCCUCUCUGGGUGGGAUGUUAGAGAUGUUAAUGCUUUAGUGGAGGAAUAUGAGGGAACUUCAGCCUUAAAGGAACUUUCUCUACAAGCCAGUUUGGCUAGACCAGAAGCUCGGACGUUGCAGAAAGAUAUGGCCGAUCUUUAUGAGUACAAGUAUUGUACCGAUGUAGACUUAAUAUUUCAAGAAACUUGUUUUCCUGUUCAUCGUGCCAUUUUGGCAGCGAGGUGUCCGUUCUUUAAAACACUGCUUUCUUCCUCACCGGAGUAUGGGGCAGAGAUUGUUAUGGACAUCAAUACAGCUGGUAUAGACAUGCCCAUGUUUUCUGCUUUGCUACACUACCUUUAUACAGGAGAGUUUGGAAUGGAGGACUCAAGGUUUCAAAAUGUUGAUAUCCUCGUUCAGCUUAGUGAAGAAUUUGGAACACCGAAUUCCCUUGAUGUAGAUAUGCGUGGACUUUUUGAUUACAUGUGUUAUUAUGAUGUCGUCCUUAGUUUUUCUUCAGACUCUGAACUGGUUGAAGCUUUUGGUGGAAAUCAGAACUGUUUAGAUGAAGAGCUCAAAGCUCACAAGGCUAUUAUUUCAGCACGGUCCCCAUUUUUUCGGAAUUUAUUACAAAGGAGGAUACGGACUGGUGAAGAAAUCACAGACCGAACUUUGAGGACUCCCACAAGAAUUAUAUUAGAUGAGUCCAUUAUACCAAAAAAAUAUGCGAAAGUUAUAUUACACUGUAUGUAUACUGAUGCGGUGGACCUCUCUGUUUUGCACUGUAGCCCCUCGGUGGGGAGUCUCAGUGAGGUUCAGGCUCUCGUCGCAGGGAAGCCAAGCAUGACCAGGGCAGAAGAAGCCAUGGAACUUUACCACAUAGCACUGUUCUUGGAAUUUAACAUGCUUGCACAAGGCUGUGAGGAUAUCAUUGCUGAGAGCAUUUCAUUAGAUACCUUAAUUGCCAUCCUCAAGUGGAGCUCUCAUCCAUAUGGCUCUAAAUGGGUGCACCGACAAGCUUUACAUUUCCUCUGUGAGGAAUUUUCCCAGGUCAUGACUUCGGAUGUUUUUUAUGAACUCAGCAAAGACCAUCUGCUCACUGCUAUCCAGUCUGACUACCUACAGGCAAGUGAACAAGACAUCCUUAAAUAUCUGAUUAAAUGGGGUGAGCAUCAGUUGAUGAAAAGAAUAGCUGACAGAGAGCCAAACCUACUGAGUGGCACUGCCCAUAGUGUGAACAGAAGAGGCGUAAAAAGACGAGACCUAGACAUCGAAGAGCUCAGAGAGAUCCUUUCUUCUCUCCUACCUUUUGUGCGAAUUGAACACAUCUUACCUAUAAACAGUGAAGUCCUAAGUGAUGCGAUGAAAAGAGGCUUGAUUAGUACUCCUCCAUCAGAUAUGCUUCCUACAACAGAAGGUGGAAAAUCAAAUGCCUGGUUACGGCAAAAAAAUGCUGGAAUAUAUGUUCGUCCUCGACUGUUCUCUCCCUAUGUGGAGGAAGCGAAGUCAGUGCUGGAUGAGAUGAUGGUGGAGCAAACAGAUCUUGUGCGUUUGCGAAUGGUUAGAAUGUCCAACGUGCCAGACACACUUUACAUGGUCAACACCGCCGUGCCACAGUGCUGUCACAUGAUGAGCCACCAGCAGAUCAGCAGUCACCAGUCAAGCCCUCCUUCAGUCGUAGCCAAUGAAAUUCCAGUUCCUCGUCUCCUCAUUAUGAAAGACAUGGUCAGACGUCUGCAGGAACUACGGCACACUGAGCAGGUGCAGAGAGCCUACGCACUCAACUGUGGGGAAGGCGCCACGGUCAGCUACGAAAUUCAAAUUCGAGUUUUAAGAGAGUUUGGUCUCGCGGACGCUGCUGCAGAGCUCUUGCAGAAUCCUCACAAGUUCUUUCCGGAUGAACGUUUUGGGGAUGAAAGUCCACUCUUGACACUGAGACAGUCUGGGAGAUGUCGUGUUAACAGUACCCCCACUGCAGAAACCAUGUUUACAGAUCUGGACUCUUUUGUGGCCUUCCAUCCACCCUUGCCCCCUCCACCACCUCCGUACCACCCCCCAGCUACCCCAAUCCAUAACCAACUCAAAGCAGGCUGGAAACAAAGACCUCCCAGCCAGCACCCUUCACGUUCGUUCUCCUAUCCCUGUAAUCAUUCGCUGUUUCACUCCAGAACGGCCCCUAAAGCCGGCCCCCCUCCAGUCUACUUGCCAGGUGUGAGAGCCGCAGCACCUGAUUGCACCAACACCACAGGACCGGGGAGACAGACUGUGGCCACCGCCGCCGCCGCCGCCCCCGCUUCGGCAGCAAUAGCAUGUGAGAAACCAGUGUGUACACAGCCUGUGCUAAAUGAUCUAAUGCCAGACAUCGCCAUGGGCGUGGCCACACUGUCACUCAAGGACAGGAGGCUCCCAGAACUGGCUGUAGACACAGAGCUAAGCCAGUCCAUUUCUGAAGUGGGACCAGGGCCUCCCCAGCAUCUGUCAUGUAUUCCACAGAGGCAUACGCACACGUCUCGAAAGAAACACACACUAGAGCAAAAAGCAGAUGCUCGAGAAAAUCAGCAGGAAUAUCCGGAUUUCUAUGACUUUUCAAAUGCUGCUUGCAGACCUUCUACGCCUGCUCCCGGCCGACGCACCCCUUCCCCUUCACAAGGUGGAUAUUUUGGUCCUGAUUUAUAUAGCCACAAUAAAGCAUCACCAAGUGGCUUAAAGUCAGCCUACCUACCUAGCCAGACCUCUCCGAAAAAGCAGGAAGAAGCUAGGAGAGAAUAUCCACUUUCCCCUGACGGGCAUCUUCACAGACAAAAGAAUGAGCCAAUCCACCUUGAUGUUGUUGAGCAGCCACCCCAGCGGUCGGACUUUCCUUUGGCAGCCCCAGAAAACGUUGGCAGUGGUCCAGCCCACGUCAGGGGACGAACAGCAGUAGAAACUGACUUGACUUUUGGGCUGACUCCCAACAGACCCCCACAUCCUGCGUGCAGCUCUGAAGUUCCGGAAGAGCGAUCCAGUAGGAGACUGGUGGACAGCGAGUCCCUGGGCCACGGAGCUCAGCGAAAUACCGAUUUAGAAAGGGAAGAUUCAAUAAGCAGGGGAAGGAGGUCACCGAGCAAGCCAGACUUCCUCUACAAAAAGUCUGCCCUCUGAGAGCAACCUCCAAGUCGUUUGUGCCUGAGAUGUGAAACAUCCCAUUUUUUGAUGUAACCCGACAACUUAGAGACCAGUUUAUCGAUGCCAGCUAACUCAGUUUCACGUUAUUUUAGUCUAGUUUUUGUAUAUACAUGUUUAUGAGACGUGGCAUGCUACGAGGGUUCUUUUGAAUGCUGCAUCUGUCUGUUUUGUGUUUGAACAGUUGUGUGGGGAAGCAUUUUUAAGAGCAAGCAAGCUGGCACUUUUUUUUUCCUCUUUACAAAUGAUGGAAUUUUUUUGCACUUGUACAUUUAUUUUAUCUGUAUUGAUUUUAUAUCAGUAUGUCAAACUUAAUUGCCACAUUUAAAGGAACCGUAUUUUCAUACUUUUUUGCAUUUUACCUUUCAUCUACCAGUUUCCACGUGCAUUGGACUGCACACUAAGAUGUAUUUUCUUAUGAAAUAGUUCUGUGCUUAUUUUUUAAUUAUAGAAAUUCCAAAGAACAGCACAUCAAAAUGCUCCUCUCUCUUCGGUAAUUGUUUUAGUUCAGAAAUCUUCCUGCUCAAUCUCCAUAAGUCUAAAAUCAUUCUUCCUUAACAAGUCUUGGGAGCUAGUCUUCAUUCCUCCAGCGGGAGUCCAGUCAGGAUCCUGACGUUUUCUGGUUCGGUAAAGAACCGAAAGGAGCAAAGCCUUUUGUGCCCAGGCUGAAGCUGUAGCUUUGUUCACCGUGUGGGCGCCGUCAGAAUCCCCACUGAUGGUGGUAGUGCGCAUUAGCAUAGCGCUAGCUGAGGUUGUCAAGACAUUGGAUUUCUUGGAAGCCUAAGGCAGCGGAAA